GAUGCGUCGCUAUUGUUUAAGCUAUAUUAAAAAUGGUUAUUUAUUUUUUCUAAUUCUAAAUAUUAAAGCGAUAUUUUCUUUUAUUUUGUUUAUUUGUGGAUUUUUGUAUUUUGAUUUUUUUGUAUUUUUUUGUAUAUUUUUGGUUUUGUGUGUUUAAUAUAUUUGGGGUUGGGCUAUUGGGUUAAAUCUGCCAGUAGACAUUUCUAAAAAAAUUGGGUGGUUCUUUACAGGGGACCUCGUUUAGGGAUGGGAUUUUUGGUUUAAAUUUUCCAUAUGCCUGUGUAUAUAUGUUUGGUUUGUAUGGGGUGGAUAUUUUAAUGUUUUUCCUCACCUCUUCUAGUAAUUUUCCCAUUAAAUUCUCACCUCUAAGUGGUUUUCCAGCUUUUAGCUGGUCUAUGGAGAGGGCACACCCCCACCUUGAGUCGUAGGGAUUCACUUCUAUAAUUUGUAGGCGUUUUGUAUUUAUUAGAUCUUGGGCGAGGAUUCGGUUUUGGGUGAAUUUGGCUGUUAGAAUUUGGAACAUGUAUUCUUUACUUACCGAAUUCCACUCUCUUCGGUUAAAAUUUUUAAUUGUUCUACCUAAUCUUUUAAUCAUAUGGGGGUAGGUUUCUUCCAUUAUUUGGGUUAUUGAGUACUCAUCUUUAAAAUACCAGGCUUUUAUGUAAGUAUAAGCCUGUUCUGAACAGGAAAAUCGUAAACCCCAAAGGUCGAAUGUUGCAGGGAAAAAAUUGCUGAAGGGGUGGGUUCUUCCGAAGAAAGGUAUGACUUGUUUUCCAUUGUACUCAAUUGAGGGUGUAACGAGGUUGUUGUAGUCCGACAUCACCUGUAAAGAUUUUUGAUAAUUUUUCCAAUUUAAUUUAAGGGUAAGGGAUAUUAUUUUUCCAUUUUAUUUCUAAAAAUUUUUAUUAUUGUCCGCAAUUAUUACAUUUAAAGGAGUCUUUGAGGGGUCUAAAGCCAUUUUGUUGCCAUUUAUGGAUCGCUUCUCUCCCUAGUACUAUUUCAGAGGACCAUGUAUUUGCCUGGAGGGUUUCUUGGGUAAUAUAAAAUGGGAUUUCUGCUUGAUUUUGUCCGUCGAAUAUGUAGGCUUGUGCGGUUCCUACGAUUUUGAUAUUCUGGUUUCCGUCAACUUUUUCAAAGGGGUCAAGGUAUUC